UAUAGUUUAUAUGAAAUUAUGCUAAAUGUUCGCUGGAUGAACACAUAGCACAUGUACGUCAACAAGACGUCUGUUAAAAAUCGCUUCAUCUGGUAAGCAUCUGCUGUGCACAAACAUCCGAUAGACAUCUUUAAGAUGUCAGAUUUACAUACAUUCUAAAUCACAAACAUCUUUGUAAAAAAGGCCACACGCAGGUUAUAUUCAUUUGGCUAAGCUUCCCCUGCAAUACACCACACUCAACGCACACGCAGCAUCCAUCCUGUGAGCCAAUCAGGACUACAUGCAGGAUGCGAAAGGUCAGCGGUCCCGCCCACAGAACGGAGUUAGAGCGAUCGGGAACGCGGACAGAUGCGAGCUGCACUGUAGCGAUUUAUAUUUGCCAAAGUUGUGUGCGUGCCUAAAAAAAAACCACACACACUCAUGCAAAUUCUGUGGUGACAAUAAAUGGGUUAAUCCCGUACAAGUCUUUUACUGGACGCCCCGUUGUGGAUCUGUUGCCAACCAGCAAAUACAUUUAAAAGAGAAGAGCUACCUGUAGCCACUCAAUUUUACAUGGUCCUUCGAGCCGGAGCCCAGAUUUACUACGGAGAAAUGUCACAGCAUGAAGAGGAUGAGCCGGUCGUGCGUGCCAGGAGGAAGACAGUCCUCCCCGUGCGAUAUGAAGAUUAUAAUCUCAGCGGCUUCACUCUCCCAAAGCUGUUUCCUGAAUGCAUGUCACCACAUUCUCAGCUUCAUCCUACAGUGCCUCCCAGCCUAGAACCAGAGGACUGUGCACGUGCAACUGGGAUCACUCCACAACAGUUACCGCACAAAGAGCUUGAUAACCCUCUACAGUGGUCUGACGAUGAACCAUGGGGCUCUGAAACCAGCAUCCUCCAGCGAGAAAAUAGGGACCUAAGACUUGCCCAUGACAAUCUGCUACAGACCCUGCAGACAAUGCAGCAAGAAAGGGACACGUUUCAACAAGCUACAGAUCGGUAUUCACAAGAACUUUCUCAGUUAAAACAACAAAUGCAGCAGCUACAGAUUCAAAUGGUGCAGCAACAGCCUGCAGAACAGUUUUCUCCACCGGUCACUCCUACGCGACCUGUACCUGCACCACGCCGUUUGUUGAGAACACAACAGAGUGAUAAGAGCAUUGCACCACUGUCAGCCCCACGAGUCAGGCCUGCUGAGUCAGAUCAGCCUGAGCACAGUUCUGAAACAUUCUUAGCUCCAACCGCUGUCCCCAGCACAAAGCCUACCUUGCCGUACCAUACAUCACAUUCUGAAAAUGUCAAGUGGGAUGAAUCAAGGGUGGAAAGAACCUAUUAUUCCAGGGCUGAGAUGCCUGACAGGCUGAGUUGUACAUCAUAUGAGCCAGAGUCAGCAGUCCCUCCAUCCUUCGGGUCUCCCAGACGCUCUCACCUGCCAUGCAGAGCAUCCAGUCCGGUUCCGCCCGAGCUAGAGCAGAUGUACCGAGGUCCAACCCCCACAAUUCCAGACUUCGUAUAUCCAAACCCUAGAGAAUUCUCGCGGCUCAAGAUAGCUCUGGAAAAUAUUCUGCCAGCUACAGCCACUGAAAGAUUCAAAUUCCAAAUACUUACUGAUCACCUCAAACUAGAGGAGGCCCAGCUUAUCGCCGACUCAUACAGCCAUUCACAACAACCUUUCACAAAGACCAUGGCAGCACUGGAUCAGCAAUACGGACAGCCACAUCAGCUCGCAUUGCAACGCAUAGCAGAGCUCAUGGAUGGUCCAAACAUAGCCAGUGGGGACAUUAAAACAUUCCGACUCUUCGCCCUCAAGGUUCGUUCCCUCGUCGGCAUGUUAGAACAACUAGGAAAGAAGGGCACCUUUGAGUUGCAGUGCGGCUCUCAUGUCUCCCGGCUCCUAGGGAAGCUGCCGCACGAUCUCAGGUCAAGUUUUCGGCGCUUUGCACAUCCCUACCAAGUGCCAAUCCCCACCCUUCUUGAUCUGUCAGAGUGGCUAGAGUAUGAAAUUCAAGUGCAGGAGGACACAACAAGGUUUGCAGGAGCCGGUCGUCGUGGAUAUCCAGCACGACCACGAGAAGUGAUCAGAGACCCCAAGCCAUUCACUAAAAGUGCCACCAUUCUGCUUGGCACAGAGAAAGCACCUCCAUUGACAAAGAUGAUACCUACGGCCAACAAGCCUGUUUUAACCCCUUACUGCCCUUACUGUGACCACCACAAACACUCCCUCAACAACUGCAACAAUUUUAAGCUGCUUACCAUAGACCAGAAACGGAACUGGAUCAAAGACUGCAACAGAUGCUGCCGCUGUGGAAGGAAUCAUCAAGCUUCAGAGUGCAAUCUGAGAAUGCGCUGCAAACAGUGUAAUAGCCGUCACCUUCUGGUCCUUCAUGACAUCAAUCUCAGGAGUGAAGACCUCCCAAAGACUAACCCCAAAUGA